AUGACGAGUCCAAAUAUAUCUUUGUUGAUAUGGUGUGAUGGCCGUAUUGUGAGUUCUCCGUGUGGAAUAGAAUACCACGGGGGUCGUCCGGUUAAUAUGGCGCUUAGCGAGAGAAUGAGUUUCGAGGAAUUACAAAAUAUUUGUAGAAGAGCAGUUUCUACCGACGGGGAAGUAGAAAUUUCAAAAAUCUACUUCCGGCUUCCAAGAAUAGUUGGGGGUGCGAUACGCUCGUACUCGUUGUUUUCCGUGGAGAAUAACGAGCAUGUGUUUGGAAUUUUGAACGAGGUCGUGCGGUAUCCGCAACUCGAGAUUUUGGAAUUUUGGUCUUAUGUGAUUCAAGCGGGUCUGAUAGGGGUAGCGGGUCUGAUAGGAUUGCCUUUGGGUGACAGAUGGGCGGGUCCCAGACAGCGGGAGCGGGGGACACCACGAGUUCCCAGACACUCAGUUUCUCACUUCAGACUGUUAUUGGACGGGCUGCGUUACGACGAUAUCGUUUGGCAGCCAUACUCCGACGACGUUCUCCAGUCCAUCCCACAGAUGUACCUGACAGGGCGACAUAUCUGGCGUGCCCGAGUGCCAAUGAUCUACUAUCACACCGUGGAGUGGCACCAGCCGGAUAGGGUUCUGCAGCAGUUCGGCUUACAGCAGCCCAUUCCCCUGCCUGCUAUGCAAGAUCGGCGCCUUCAUAACAUCCAGUAUCAGGGGAACUACAACUUCGAUGAACUGCUCUCAGAUUACAUUCAGAUUUGGAACAACAGAGCGGCUUACGUUGUUCAGGGUUACCAGCUCCAGCGACCACCUCACUACCAUUCAGCGUAUAUGGAGUGGUUUCGGAGCCGCAGCCGGCGUUGGAUUACCCAUGAGGGCGCAGCGGCCGGACAGAGUCGCGACACUUUCGAGAUGAUCGCCCUUCAGAGAGAGGCGUGUGCGUCUAGGAUUGGGACUGCUGCACGCAGUUCUCAAUUAGCUUACGGAGAGGAGCGCCGUGACGUCACACUGCCCCCACCAGAGCCAGCAGUUCCGGCUUACGUACUACCUCCUCUUCCUCCCCUGACCAUCGAUCUGGCUCACAUCAGGGGAGCGCGUAGACGGCAGCCUAGAGUCGCCCCGCCUCGCGAGCGCCCGGCAGACCCUAUCCCCCCACCGGUCUACUUCCACUUCGAUCCUACAGCCACUACAGACAGACGGGGGGAGUACUAUGGCCCGACUCAGUACUACGGUUCCACUUCCACUUCAGCAUCACAGCCUCCGUGGCAUCAGACCUAUUUCCCACAGGGACCCCAGGUAUCAUCGUAUCAGGUCCCGCCUUCGUCGAUGCCGUUUUUUGAGCCGUCGUACGGACAGACAGCAUAUACCACUUCUCUGGGCACACCACCGGCGUCUCAGUUCCAGCAGGCCACACCACCGGCGUCUCAGUUCCGGCAGACCACACCACCGGCGUCUCAGUUCCGGCAGACCACACCACCGGCGUCUCCGUUUCAGCAGGCCACACCACCGCCGUUUGCUGCAUCAGAUCAGUAUUACCGUCCAGCGCCAUAUACAGAUGCUCCACCGUUCACGUCUUUCGAUCAGUGUUACCGUCCCACGAUGCCUUCGGAUGAGCAGCCGUCGACGUCACAUUCCCGGCCAUCUUCUUCUCACCAGGCCCAGGAUCCAUCACAGCUACAUUUUACACUGUCAGAGUCAUGGUUAUUCGGUCCGGAGAUCGGUUCAGAGGCGUACGAGGAGCUUUUAUCACGACCGGAUCUCACACCUCCAUCUUUUAGACUUCUACCGCCCACACAGGAGGAGACCGGUACUGCACCACCAGCAGCAGACGUUCAGCAUUCAGCUCAGGACGAGGACGCCUCCGACAGCGGCGAGAGCCCUCCGGUAGCCAGACAGUUUCACUCGAUCACAGACAGCUCGCGGCACCGACGAGAGACUCACGGUUUGAGGGUACAGAGACCGAGGACUCGUAGAUAUGAGGAUUAGAUUUCAUAUUUACCUUUAU